AUGGCUUCCUCUUUAAAAUCGCAGUUGGCGCAAAUUGCGACCAAUUCGACCAAUUCUCUAAAUCUCAAGGCGCAAAAGGCAUCGCAUUCAAAAUCUUUGAUUUUUGAGCCCAGAGUUGCGGCAUCACAAAGUUUCGACACUCUCUACACAUUAUGCCAUGAAGGAUUUCAAGAACUAUGUCUACUCGAUGGUCGGUUCCUCGAAUUUCAAAAGUCGAUCUUCAGCGAGCAAAGUCAGGCAGUGGAUCGAACACAAUUGCCGGUGGCAGAGAUUUCCGAGUUGGAUAAACGGCUGGAAGCGUUCCUGGGAUUAGUUGGUGGCCGUCUACGACUGAAUCCAGCAAUUAAAGCUGUUGAAUGGUUGGUGAGGAGAUUCAGGAGGCCAAUCGUCGCUGCUGCGACUGAUAGCACCGUAUUUGCUUCGACACUCAAUGCAUAUGUUAUGCGUAUAUGUAAAGCUCGGCAGCAUUACCCUGCUAUUAUAGCUUUCUGGGCUGGUAUCAUGACCGAAGCCAUCAGUGGUAUGUUGGACAAAGCCCGUUCCGGAAGAAGAGGAGUCCAGCAACAAAACGAACAAGAUGUGAUAUUGCGAUUAUUACCGACUCUUAACGAAGGUCUUUCGAUGCAAAAGGUUCCAGACUUGCGAGUUGGAUGUUACAUGAUCUUGUCAAUAUUAGCUUCUAAAGGAGGACUCGACGAUAAACUUUUGACCGCGAUGAUGGAAGCAUUGGUUCUCGGUUGGACUGCUGAAACCGUUCGUCCUGGAUUGGUCUGUCUCUCGAUCUUGGCACAACAUAGGGGCGCCAAACAGAUUACAAGACGUGUAACCAAAGAGUUACUUAAAGUUCAAGAUCUUCCAACCCAGUUGAUCGAACUAGGAAGAGAACGACGUAUCGACCGACUUUCUAAUGGAUUGUGUCUCGCGCUUGUUGAUAGAAUAAGUAAAAGUGGAGAGGUUCAAGGUCUUCCAACAAUCGAGAAGAUUGUGGAGCAUGGCCUUCUCAGCGAUGCGCAAACCUCCGUGGUUGUGAAGCACCUACUUCUGGUGGCGCAUCGUGUCGAUGAUGCUACAGAUUCCGAGAAAAAUACUCGAGCACAUCUCGCAUCAUCCCUCGUUGCGCUAACACAACUUUCUGGCCACGUAGGAACUGUCAUCCAAGGUGCGCUGAAGGAAACCGAGGUCGAUAUGGAUGAAUUAGAAAUGAAGCUCUCCACUACAAUUAGACUGAUAGAGAUACCGAAGGCGGAGGAUGAGGAUGCAGUCAUGGGAGAUGAUGGCACGAAAGCGGACGCUCGACCCAAUUUCCGGCAAUUAAUUGAACGAAUUCCGCAAAGCAAUGCCAACGAGACCUCGUUCUUGGCGCAUAGUGCUUCUCAUAUCUACCAGGAUUUGUGUCAGGCAUUUUUGGUUGCCGCAGUGAAUACUAGCGAUUUAGACGAAUUCGACGAGCUACCCAUCUUAGACCGCCCUAGUGCCCUGGAAAAGACUUUGUAUCUUACAUUUUACAUCAAAACUUGGUGUGGCCCAUAUCCGGUCAUGGCUCGAGUUUCGGCACUUCACAUGGUAGCUCGAUACCUAUCAGGAAAUGACAGUCCGAGCGUAGACAUUCAAGGAAUCAUACCUUACGCAAUUUCAGCGCUUGCUGACACUGCACCGAAGGUUCGUCGUGCUGCCGCAGAGCUUAUCCUCAAAAUCGAAGCAUUCUAUCCGGCCGGUGCAGUUACAAAGAAAGCAUUAAACUCUCGGCGACAAUGGGGAUUUGAUGAUAUCUAUGGUUCAGGUGAGGAGACCCAAGACACAAAAUGGCUCUCAAUCGAUAUCGCAGGUCGUCUUCUACAAGAGGUUUUGGUUCCGGCGUUGGAAGAAUGUAUUCUUGACAAAACCCAUAUCGAGACCGUAUUGGAACAAUCUUUGAAUAGUCCUCGUGCCUCUACAGACUCUAAUAAGAAGAAUGAGGUACGGUUGACUCAAACUGCCCGAGCCUCGAUUCUGUCAUUCCUGUCCAGCCAUGCCAUUCAUACCCCUAUAUACUUGGUUAAGCUGAGGCUUCUGGUUAUUCUUAACCACGUUCGUAGCAUCGCUAGCACUACCAGAACCAAAGUUUUGCUACCGGCACUUCAGCAAUGGGCGUCUUUAAGCCCAGAGGUGGCAUUGCAACAAUCGAAACAUGAACAAUUUGCCAUGUCGGAUUUUGAUAAACAAGCAGCUGCAACCGUUGUAGCCAAUGAUAAAGACGGCUUGCAAUUCUUCACUCAGAUUGUGCAUGGCGAAAUCGCUUCGGAUCGCCCUACUCUUCUUGAGGCCAUAUUUUCAAGACUCCGCGAAAUGUGGACAUCUUUGAAAGGCGACGUGCAAUUACAAACAGCUCAGAUGCUGAUGAAUGCUUCCCAAUCUUCUUCUGAGGAAUCUAGCCACAAGGCCAAAUCGACGGAAGAAGCUUUGGAACUAUUGCGAAACGCCCCUCUUUCAACCGAAAUUCUCCUUUCCUUCCUUGAUCAGUUGCCUACGACAUCAAAGCUUACAGAUGCUCCGCCUGCUAGCAAAAGGCGGCGAACUAGCCACGGCGAAGUUGCUAGAACUCCUUUGCAGGAUCCAAAACAACUCGCCGCUGCUAUACGCCAGGUCACAUUUGUGUUGCAGCUCAUCGAUAGCUCUGAUCCAGGAAGUCAUCCCGAACUUCUUAAGGGCCUUUUCAACACCUUGGCAGAACUUCAACACUUCAAAGUUCAAGUGUCAUCCGAGCUUGCAUAUCUCCAAGAUCUAGUCCUGAAUAGCUUAUUGGCAAUUUUGAAGGCAUACAAGGCAAAUCCGGGCAUGAAAUUAGAUCACUCUGAUAUUCGAGCCGAUCUACUUGUUGAUUGUGUUCAGAAAACAGCCAGUCCACAGGUACAGAACGGUGCUUUGCUGAUGAUUGCUGCACUUGCGGAUAUUGCCCCAGAAGUUGUACUGCAUAGUGUGAUGCCCAUCUUUACCUUCAUGGGAAGCUCGGUAUUGAGACAAAAUGAUGAUUAUUCUGCACACGUCAUUAGUCAAACCAUCCGUGAGGUCAUUCCACCUCUUAUCACCUCGCUUCGAAAGGACGAAGGCAACCCUGUUACAGGAGCUGCCGAGUUACUCUUGAGUUUUGUUGCAGCUUAUGAGCAUAUUCCUGUCCACCGUCGAAAGGGACUGUUCAUCUCCUUGGUUCAGACCCUAGGAGCGGAAGAUUUCCUAUUCGCAUUAUUAAUAAUGUUGGUGGACAAAUAUGGCGUCAACGAUGAUAUAAAGUCUUUCGCCGCGGAAUUGACAAAUACAUUUAGUGUUGAGGUUCAGCUCCAAUCUGCAAUCAAAUACCUAGGAUUGGUUGAUGAUCUGUUGAAACCUAAGCCAACAUUUUCGCUAAUUUUACUUGGAGCCCAUGACAAUAUUGAUCCACAACGCGCAGCUCUCAAUGAACUUAUGCUUCUUCCACAUAUUCUCUCGCAACGACGAUUGAUAACACAAACUGCGAAACUUCUUGACCGAGACGACAUGGAUGCUGCUAGAAUUCGCGAACUCUAUUCUACACUACUGGAGAAUUUGUUGGUCUUGACAGAACUUCUGAAAGACAAGAAGACAAUGCACAAUGCUUGUGGGGACAUUCUAGAAAGCAUUUUGGGUCUCCUUUCCACAAGCGAAUUUGUCAAAUCAGUUGAAGGACUUCUGGAUAGACCCAACGAGGACUUGCGACGAAAGAUUUUGCGCUCUUUGCAAGUUCGUAUCGACCAAGAAAGCUCCUCGGAUGCUGUUUCAAGGGUGGCAAUGCUUGGAUUUCUGCCCCAGCUUACCUCAAUCAUUCGAGAGUCUACUGACAUGCCUUAUAAGCGUACUGCUGUGGCUUGCGUCGAGAAAAUAUCGGAGAAAUAUGGCAAGAAAGAUCUCGAAGCGGUAUCUGCUGCAGCGGAAACUAUCGCAAGUACCCAUUGCUUGGGCCAGAGCGAUGCUGGUUUGCAAAUAAUGGCUCUCCUCUCCUUAGCUUCUUUGGUAGAGAUUUUGAGAGAAGGGAUAGUCUCCAUCUUACCUGUUGCCAUCCCAAAGGCUUUGGAAUACAUCAAAUCAAGCAUUGAAGAUACUGUUGAGGCUCAGAAACUUCACAACGCUGGAUACACUUUCAUAAGCGCCCUCGUACAGCAUCUACCCUACAUGAUCACGGGCGGAUACCUCGAUACCCUUCUCUCAAUCUCCAACACUUCAGCAGAGGCUGAGCUCGAAGAUGAGGCAGACGAAAUCAGAGAGAACUGUCUUCACUUGGCUGCCAAACGUGUGGAUGCGAAGAGUAUGUUCGUAGCCUUGGAGCAAAACUGGGCGCAAGCAGUAACGGCAGGAACUUGGGCAAUCCGUGAGCAGCUUGAAAUGCUCAGCAUGUCGAUCAAGGCUCACCCAAAGAGCGUUGUCUCCAAGCAUUCCACUAUACUUGCAAAAAUAUUUCAAAAUGCUUUCGAUCUUCGAAGACAUCUGUCUAACACAGAGAACUACGAUCAAGACGAUGAGACUAUUUCGACUAUAGAAGGACAGGUGAACGAAGUGGCUUUGGAGAUGAUCUACAAAUUCAAUGACUCGACAUUUAGACCCAUAUUUGCCAACCUUGUUGAAUGGGCGUCAUCAGCAUUGCCUAAGAAAGAUAAGUCUGGCAGAAAUUUGCGAUUGCAAAGCGUUUACGCCUUCAUGUCCGUUUUCUUCGCCAACCUCAAGUCGAUCGUCACAAGUUAUGCCACGUACUUGCUUGAUAAUGCCGUACAGAUCUUGAACGAGACUGAUAUCAAGAACGACGCGUCAAGGGAAUUAUGGUCUAGAGUUCUUAGAGCCUUGGUACCAUGUUUCGAGCAUGAUCAAGAUGACUUCUGGCAAUCUCCAGCCCAUUUCAAGGCAAUUGCUCCUGUCCUGUGUGAUCAAUUCAAGAACGCCUCGGGAUUGCCUUUGGUUGAAGAACUUGUACCUGCUAUCAUCGAACUUGCUGCCGCCGCCGAUUCUUCGGAUCAUCAUAAAGAGCUCAACGGGAUGAUCCUAAAACAUCUCCGUUCUGAGGUGUCCAGUGUUAGACUUGCAGCCGUCAAGUGUGAGCAAGCAUUGACGGAUAAGUUGGGAGAGGAAUGGUUGGCUAUGUUGCCAGAAAUGUUGCCAUUUAUCAGCGAGCUCCAGGAAGAUGACGAUGAUGUGGUAGAGAAGGAGACAAACCGCUGGAUUGUAAAGAUCGAAGGGGUAUUGGGAGAGAAUAAAAUGUUCAAACCAUUUCGGCCUCCACUUUUGAAAAGUGUGCCAAAAUCUGCCAAGCCAGUAGAUGAUUUCUCAGAUGUUCAGGUCAUAUCGGAUUCUGAGGAGGAAAUCUUGACCAAACCGGUGGCAAAGAAGAGGCGGCUUCUGAUUCACGAUGUCGAAGAGGCUCCAAAGAUUAGAGCGCCAAUCACGUCCUCGGCCGCAUCUGCGCCUCGAACACCUUUGCUUGUUGUGAAGAACCCAGUUGAAGCAAAUCGAGCUUCUGAUUCUACUGAAAGUCCAUCUGGUUAUGAAGGGUACUUUUUGGUAUUAUGGCGCAAAUUCACAAUGAAAAAGCACAAGACUUGGGACGGGGACGGUGUACUAGCAGUGACUGGCGGUUAUGCUCGGCUUCAGAAUAUCGAUGGCAGGGAGAUGGGGCGCUGCAUGUAUAACGAACCCCUCCUACCCGGUAGCACAUUAAGCAUCGGAGGGAAAGAUAUUGAGAUUGAUGCCACCAUUUCGAAAGCAGACUUUCUCGCCGGCCGACCCUUUCUAAAUAACGGUAGCAAAUCUUCUAUGCCAGACAGCAGUAGCAGUCCAGUCACACGACCCUCGCCUCGUACAAUUUCAUCAGGUAUAUCGACAAGCAACUCCACGAGCACACUUGGAAAGAGGAAGGACAGUGAUCUAGGUUCAGCGAUCCCGGCUAAGAGCUUUUAUGCAUCUGCUCCGAAAAGCAAUGCAAUCAAGUCUCAGUUCAAGAAUCCUCUCCUUGCAACAACUGUCAUGCCACAAAACAAGAACGGUGCUCCAACUCCCCGUCAUGAUCCUUCUGCGCCAGGUGCGAUUGUCAUGCAACGCCCUGAUCCUAAGUACCUUGCGAAAGGCAAGCAAAUUAUGGAUGUUGUCGUGGAUCCCUUUCUGAGUCGACAUUUACGUGAUCACCAAAAGGAGGGUGUCAAAUUUUUGUAUGAGUGCGUUAUGGGCUACCGUGCUUUCAAUGGGCAGGGUGCAAUCUUGGCCGAUGAGAUGGGUCUGGGAAAGACACUUCAGACUAUCGCGCUCUUAUGGACACUAUUGAAGCAGAAUCCGGAGCAUACAAGUGAGGGAGGUGUGAUAAAGAAGGCCUUAAUUGUCUGUCCUGUUACUCUUAUUGCUAAUUGGAAAGCAGAAUUUAACAAAUGGCUCGGGAAUGAGAGAGUGGGUGUAUUUGUGGCAGAUGGCUCCAAAAAUAUUCGACUCACUGAUUUUACUCAUGGCAAGAGUUAUAGUGUUAUGAUCAUUGGAUACGAAAAGCUACGCACAGUACAAGAUGAGUUGAAGAAGGGAGGUGGAAUAGACAUAGUUGUGGCCGAUGAAGGACAUCGCCUAAAGACAGCUGCGAACAAAUCGGCGCAGGCAAUCCGAAGUUUAAAUACCGAGAGGCGAGUCAUCUUAUCUGGAACACCCAUCCAAAAUGACUUAUCGGAGUUCUUCACUAUGGUGGAUUUUGUAAAUCCCGGCCUUCUCAACGGGUACAACACUUUCAAAAAGUGCUUCGAAGGACCAAUCUUGAAAAGCAGACAACCAGGCGCCACAGAGAGUGACAUUGAGAAGGGAACGGCACGGGAGGAAGAACUGGCUGGGUUGACAAAAUUGUUCAUUUUACGUCGCAACGCUAGCAUACUUGCCAAAUACUUGAAGCCAAAGACAGAAUAUGUCUUAUUUUGUAAACCUACGCAGGUUCAGGCUGAGGUUUAUCAGCAUGUUCUUGCCUCUCCGGUUUUCGGCAGAGUUCUUGGCAGCUCAGAAGCAUCUCUACAGCUUAUCACUAUGCUCAAGAAAGUCUGUAACGCCCCAAGUCUACUGGUCAGGAAAACCGAUGCGGACGCUCCUAGCAAUUCAAACGUUGCCCAGCUUCUGGAAAGCAUCCCUCCCGAGAUCCUUAAGAAGCACCCCGUUGUUGCAAGCAGUAAAUUUAGAGUUUUGAAUCGUAUGCUGAUGAAGCUUUCCACUACAACUAGUGAAAAGAUAGUUCUUGUCUCGAACUAUACUUCUACUCUCGACCUGCUAAUGUCUCAUCUUUCAUCAUUGAACCUACCCUUCCUGCGCCUCGAUGGUAGCACUCCUCAAGCAAAACGACAGGAUCUGGUAAACACGUUCAAUAAGACACCUGCAUCUAAAUAUUUUGCAUUCCUCCUUUCGGCUAAAUCCGGCGGUGCUGGUAUAAACUUGAUCGGAGCAUCGCGUCUUGUAUUGUUCGACGUUGACUGGAAUCCUGCGACUGAUCUUCAAGCCAUGGCACGAAUUCAUCGAGACGGCCAGAAACUUCCAGUCAAGAUAUAUAGACUUUUGAUGUCAGGAGGCAUGGAUGAAAAGAUAUAUCAACGACAGGUUACCAAGAUGGGACUCGCUGAUAGUGUUAUGGACGGUAAAAAGAAUGAAGCGAGUUUCUCGGCCGAUGAGUUGCGAGAUCUCUUUAGGCUGGAUGUAAAUGCACAAUGCCAAACUCACGAGCUCCUCGGUUGCGAUUGUGGAGGCUCAGGUCGCAACGAGCUAAUUGCAACAACUUCUGAUAUGCCGGAUAUUGAUAAAGAAAUCAACGCCAGCGAAGAGGAAGAUGAUCAUGACGAUGAAUUUCCUAUCAAUCCUGCAUGUUCAUUGGUACCAGCCACCAAAGUGAACGUGGAGGCUCAGCAAAAGAUUGCUUUAGGAGCCGCCAAAGGAAAACUGCCCAAGAAGGGUAAGAAGAUGCAAGCGUUAAUGGAAUACAGACACAUCGAUACUUCCAUAUUCAUCGAUGAAUCGACGAACUUGACUUCUACCGAGGUAGAUGAGGUAAGAAAGUCUUUAGAUGACGAGGUUUUACUCACUGUACUAGAGGAUGAACGAUGUAAAGUCGGUUUUGUUUUUGCUAAGAAAGGAUAG